UGUGCCGUGUCCGGAGGGAGCUCCGCGCUGCGGAGCCGCUCCGAGCCCGUGUUUGCUCAGGGAAUUGGCGGCGGCUGCGGCCCGGGGGGGUCACCGGGGGUCCCCGCCUGCCCACGGUGCUGACGUCCGUGCCUGGUGGCCCCUGUGUCCCCAGGGACGCUGUGUCCCCCCUCCAGCCCGGUGACGGUGCCGCGCUUUGGGGGGACACAGGUGCCCCGUCUGCGUCACCGCGUGUUUGGGGGUGGCUGGGGGGGGUAUAAAGCCGAGCCUGGCGCAUCCCGGAGCAUCCAGGGGCUCAGCCGGCAGCGGGGACAUGGAAAGCGCUCGGCUCUGCCUGCUCUGCCUGCUGGGCUCCGGCCUCAUCCUGCUCGGCACCCCCGAUCCGGUACCGGAGCUCCGGCCCCCCCCGAGCCCGCCCGGGCACAGCCGGGAGGAGACGGGGCUGGUGGGGGUGCUCCAGGAGCUGCUGGACGAGCUGGGGACGCGGGAGCCGCCGGCGCUGGAGAAGAGGCUGAGCUGGGUGCCCUGGUGCGAGCCCCGGGAGCCGUGCGCGGUGCGGCGCGGGGCGCGCAUCGGGAAACUCUGCAGCUGCCCCCGCGGCACCUCCUGCAACCUGUUCGUCCUCAAGUGCUCCUGAGGGAGCGGGGACACCGGGGGACAUCGAGGGACACCGGGGGACAUCGAGGGACAUCGGGGG